UAACGUACUAUUAUACUGAACCUGACUCCAUUGAUUGCAAUUUCAGAGAAAAAAAGAGAAAGGAUUAACAAAAAAAGAAAGCAGAGGCAUGACAGGAAUAUCAGAAGUGUUGUAUCAGCUGUACGCUAAAGCAAUAGUGCUAUUAGCAUACAUGCUCAUAGAACUUGUCCUUCUUAUUCAGUAUCUCAAAUCAGACAAACGCAGCAGCACCACAAUCACCACCACCCAGUAUCUCAGAUUCGUUGAAGAGAAGAACCCCACAAUUCUCUACACCAAGAGCAUGAUGCAGCAACUGGAUCCUGUUGAAUGCAGAGUGUGCUUGAAUGAGUUCCAUGAAGGUGAUCAAUUGAGGAACCUCAAGUGUCACCACGCUUUUCAUAGGGAUUGUUUGGACAAGUGGUUGCAACAAUCUUUUGCUACUUGCCCUCUUUGCAGGAUCAAGCUGUUACCUGAUUAUGUUGUUGCAAAGUAUCAGAAUAAUCACCAUAAUCAUUAUCAGCGCAAUAAUACUGAGGUAGAGUAUUAUGAAGGCAAUGAUGAUCAGCUUAUUCUUUUUUUAUCUUCACUGAGGGGUAGUAAUCGUACUUUGCAUAGAUAUCUCUGAUCAUUCAUAUUUUUGUAGAAAUUAAAUUUGUCUUCAAGGUUUAAUAAAUUCAAGGAAUCUCAAAUGUA